AUGUCAUCUCUUUGGUCGAAUAUAGACUUGGAAAAAUCAAAUGCUCAUAUUCAACCAUCAAGACCCGUGAAGAGAUUAUUAACUCCAAUUUUAACUAAGAAAAUUCCUCCAAUACCUCAAGAAUCUGAGAGAACAUCAUAUCCAUUUUAUCGUACAAAUAUCCUUUCAAAAGCAUUUUGUACUUGGUUAUUACCUUUAUUAUCAAAAGGUUAUAAAAGAACUUUACAACAAGAAGAUUUAUGGAAAUUAGAUGAGCAUACUUCAAUUGAUUAUGUUUAUACUAAUUUUGAAAAACAUUUGAAUGAUGAGAUGUCUAAAUUUGAUUCAAAACAUCAAGAUGAUGAAGAAUCCUUCCCAAGAUUUGCCAUUUUUUUGGCACUAGUUAAAACUUUCAAAUAUGAGUAUUCCAUUGCAAUUAUAACAAAAUUCAUAUCAAAUGCUCUUAAUGCAUUUGCUCCAUUGAUUUCCAAAAGAUUAAUCAAUUUCAUUAGUGAAAAAGCUUUAUACCCAGACACCCCUAUUAAUAAAGGUGUUGGUUAUUCCAUUGGAUUAACAUUUAUGUUAAUGUUCUCUGCAAUUUUUAUGAAUCAAUCCCUUUUACAUUCAAAAUUAGUUGGUGGUCACUCAAAGACAUUAUUGACUAAGACAUUAAUUCAAAAAUCAUUGGUUUCUAAUUCUGAAACAAAAUUCCAUUAUCCAAGUGGUAGAAUUAUAUCAUUUAUGAGUGCUGAUUUACAAAGAAUUGAUCAAUCAAUAUAUGAAUUACCAACAGGAUUAACAAUAAUUGAACCAAUAAUCAUUGCAAUAAUAUUACUUUUAAUAAAUAUUGGUGUUUCUGCACUAGCUGGUAUUGCAGUUUUCUUUUUAACUUUAACAGUAAUGGCAAUUCCUGCUAUAUCACUUUUCAAAAUUAGAAAAAGGGCAAAUGUAUUUACAGAUGAAAGAAUUAAUAAAAUGAGAGAAGUUAUUCAAUCUUUAAAAAUGAUCAAAUUUUACUCAUGGGAAGAUGCUUAUGAAGAAAUGAUUACAAAUAUAAGAUCCAAAGAAUCUUCAUUAGUGUUGAAAUUUCAAUUCAUUGUUAAUUUGGUCAUUACAAUUGCAAUCAAUUCAUCUUCAAUAACUGCAAUGGGUGCAUUUCUUGUGCUAUAUGCUGUUGAUUCUCAAGGUAAUCCAGCAACUGUUUUUUCAUCAUUAACAUUAUUUGGUAUCUUAUCUACACAAAUUAUUGAGUUACCAAUGGUUUUUUCAUCAGCUGCUGAAGGGUUAUUAGGUUUAAGUAGAGUUACAAAAUUCUUGAGAUCACCUGAAGAAACUUUUGAUUUGGAAAAUUAUUAUAAUGAUGAAUUAAUUAAAGAUGAGAAAACUUCAAUCUUAAUUGAAAAUGGUAAUUUUGAAUGGCCAUUAUUUAAUGAAAAAUCACAAGAUGAAAAACCAAAUAAAAAAUUAAAAAAAUCAAAUAGUUGGUUUAGUAAAAAAAAAGUUGAAACUACUGUGGAAGAAGUUAUUGAAUCUGAUGAUUCUACAAUUGGUAAAGAAUCUAAAAAUUUUAAAUUAUCAAAUAUAAAUUUAAAAAUUUCAAAAGGGGAAUUUAUUGUCAUUACAGGACCAACAGGUUCAGGUAAAUCUUCAUUAUUAUCUGCAAUUUCUGCACUCAUGAACAAAACCCAUGGUGAAAUUGGUAUUAAUGGUUCAAAUUUAUUAUGUGGUUCACCAUGGAUACAAAACACCACAAUAAGGGAAAAUAUUAUAUUUGGUUCAAAAUUUGAUCGAGAAAAAUAUGAUGAAAUUUUAAAAGUUUGUUCAUUAAAACAUGAUUUACAAAAUUUAUCAGCUGGUGACUUAACAGAAAUUGGUGAAAGAGGUGUUACAUUAUCAGGAGGACAAAAAUCUCGUGUUAAUCUAGCAAGAGCCAUAUAUGCAGAUAAAGAUAUUUAUUUAUUUGAUGAUAUCUUAAGUGCAGUUGAUGCAAAUGUUGGUAAACAUAUUACAGAAAAUUGCUUAUUAGGUUAUAUCAAAGAUAAGACAAGAAUUAUAACAACUCAUCAAUUAUCAUUGAUUAAUAAAGCUGAUCGAAUUGUUUUUUUGAAUGGCGAUGGUACUGUUGAUAUCGGGACUGAAAGUGAAUUAAGAUCUCAAAAUAAAGAAUUUGUUCAAUUGAUGGUUUUCAAUGAAGAUUCAAGAAUUGAGAUUGAAAAUAAAGAUCAAAUUGAUUAUAAAACUCAAAAUCAAACUGAAAAAAAUGUCACAACUUCUCAUGAAAAACCUUUGGAAUCAGACGGUACUUUAAUUAAAGCAGAAGAACGUGCAGUUGAUAGUAUCCCACUUUCAUUAUACAAGCAAUACAUUCAUGCUGGUCAAGGUAUUUUUGGAUAUUCAGCUGUUCCAUUAACACUGAUUUUUGUUAUCUUUGCUGUGUUUACUAAAUUAUUUGUUAAUGUUUGGUUAUCAUUUUGGGUUUCAUAUAAAUUUAAAAAUUUAACAAAUGGUGAAUAUAUUGCAAUUUAUGUUAUGAUUACAGCUCUUAGUGUUAUUUUCGUUUCAAUUGAAUUAUCAAUUAUGGGAUAUGUCUUUACUGAAUCUUCCAAAAAUUUGAAUUUAAAAGCUAUGAAAAAAGUUUUACAUUCACCAAUGAGUUUUAUUGAUACAACACCAGUUGGUAGAAUUAUAAAUAGAUUCUCCAAAGAUACAAACUCAUUAGAUAAUGAAAUUGGUAUGCAACUGAAAUUAUUUGUUUAUUAUUCUUCAUCAAUUAUUGGUAUUUUAAUAAUGUGUAUUAUUUAUUUACCAUGGUUUGCAAUUGCUGUUCCAUUUUUGAUAAUUUUUUUCCUUUGUAUUACCAAUUUUUAUCAAGCAUCAUCAAGAGAAGUCAAGAGAUUAGAAGCUAUUAAUAGAUCAUUUGUUUAUAAUAAUUUCAAUGAGGUUAUGAAUGGUAUGAAUACUAUCAAAUCAUAUGGGGCUCAAUCAAGGUUUAUUGCCAAAAAUGAUUUAUUAAAUGAUCAUUUAAAUGAAGUUUAUUUUGUUGUUGUGGCUAAUCAAAGAUGGAUUGCAGUUAGCUUAGAUAUAAUGGCUACAGGUAUUGUUCUUAUAGUAACAAUGCUCUCACUAACGGGACAAUUCAAUAUUAAUGCAUCAUCAGUUGGGUUAUUGACUUAUUAUAUGAUUGAAUUGUCUCGUAUGUUAUCAACUUUAAUGCAAACAUAUUCUGAAGUGGAAAAUGAUAUGAAUUCAGUGGAAAGAGUCUGUCAAUAUGCAAAUAAUUUAGAACAAGAAGCUGCUUAUAAAAAACUGGAUUAUCAACCAAGACCAACAUGGCCAGAAGAAGGUUCUAUAGAAUUCAAAGAUUUAUCAUUGAAAUAUAGAGAUGAUUUACCAUUAGUUUUGAAAAAGUUAUCAAUUAGUAUUAAAGGUGGUGAAAAAAUUGGUAUUUGUGGUAGAACAGGUGCAGGUAAAAGUUCAUUAAUGGUGGCACUUUACAGAAUUGCCGAAUCUUUUGAAGGUCAAGUAUUAAUUGAUGGUAUUGAUAUUAGUAAAUUGGGAUUGUAUGACUUAAGAUCUAAAUUAUCAAUUAUUCCACAAGAUCCUGUCUUGUUUCAAGGUACAAUUAGAUCUAAUUUAGACCCUUUCAAUAACAAUACAGAUGAAGAAUUAUGGGAUGCUUUGAAAAGAAGUGGAUUAGCAGGAAGAGAAGAUGAUAAAUUUCAUUUGGAAAGUAUUGUGGAAGAUGAAGGUGCAAAUUUUUCAUUAGGAGAACGUCAAUUAUUAGCAUUAGCUAGAGCAUUGGUUCGUCGUACAAAGAUUCUAAUUAUGGAUGAAGCAACUUCAAGUGUUGAUUACAAGACAGACUCAUUUGUUCAAGAAACUAUUACUAGAGAAUUUAGUGAUUGUACUAUUUUAUGUAUUGCUCAUAGAUUAAAGACAAUUAUUAAUUAUGACAAAAUCUUAGUAUUGGAAAAGGGUGAAUUAGAGGAAUUUGAUAAACCUUUAGAGCUUUUCCAAAGACAAGGUGUCUUUAGGGAUAUGUGUAUUGCUUCUAAUAUUGGGGCUGAUGAUUUUUGA